UGGUUGGGAGGAAGAAAGAAGCCGACUUUUUGCAGAAGCCGAAUGUGGGUUUUAUUUUAUGGAUGGAUUGCUUUAUAGUCAGCCAUACCCACUUUUCUGUAUUUCCUUUUUACAGUUUAGAUUAAAAAGAAAGCUUUUUGCCACCGAUUUUCGUUGCCAUUUCUUUUUAACCCAGAAGAAAGCUUUGGAUUUUAAAGCUCUCUACCCAGACUAGUCUCUGGGUCUCUGAUUUCUUUUCUCUUCCUUUUUUAAUUGUGGGUGUUUGGUGGAGGAAAAGGUCGAGAAGCUGACUCGAGGAAUUCAAAGGCUUUUUUAAUUAAAAGAUUAAGGAUUUGGGCGUUGAUUAUUGGGUUUUACAGUUCAUACCUUGUCACCAAAACGCGUUACUUCUCCGUGUUGAUUUCUUAUGUGCUUUCUUCUGCUUCUUUGUUGUCUUUGUUCUUGCUUAUUACUGUCGCAAUCGGAUCUGCGUUUGGCUUUGCGCUCUGACAUUCUCGCGGGUAUUGCACAUUAUCUCUUCCUUGUUUGUUGGAAUCUUUGCUUCUCUGUUCGGUUCCUGAGAAGAAACGAAAAGGACACAGCAAAACUAAGAAGAAUAACACGAAAAUUAGGAAUUUUCUUUUCUGGAUCAGCUGUGAGUUGCUGGCGAAGUGUUCGAUUUUUCUAUGUUAUAAUUGGGGGUUUGUGCUAAUUGCACUUGUGAUACUCAGAGAGGCCACUGAUUAUAAAAAUUUGUAGGAUUAUUUAGGUGCUUAGCAUUAGUAUGCUUUUGAGGCAAAAAGUUUGAUAGUUUGAAGGUCUUGGGCCUCUGGCAAAGACAGUGGUGAGGUAGUUAUGGCGUCUGGAGAAGGGAGGCGUCACCAUCAUAAUCUGGUGCCGCUGGCUGCACUGAUCAGCAGAGAGCUGAAGAGUGAGAAGAUGGAGAAGCCUACUGUCAGAUAUGGGCAUGCAGCUCAAUCCAGGAAAGGGGAGGAUUAUUUUCUGAUCAAGACUGAUGGUCAGCGAGUCCCUGGAAAUUCUUCAUCAACAUUUUCUGCAUUUGCGAUCUUUGAUGGGCACAACGGAAAUGCAGCAGCAGUAUAUACAAGGGAGAAUUUGUUAAAACAUGUAUUGGGUGCUAUUCCCCGUGGGCUAGGAAGGGAGGAGUGGCUCCAAGCUUUACCUCGGGCCUUGGUUGCUGGGUUUGUGAAGACUGAUAAGGAUUUCCAGAGUAGAGGAGAAACUUCUGGUACAACAGCUACCUUUGUAAUAGUUGAUGGAUGGACUGUAACAGUGGCAUCUGUAGGAGACUCCCGUUGUAUCUUAGAUACUCAGGGUGGUGCUGUUUGCACCUUAACUGUUGAUCAUAGACUUGAAGAGAAUGUAGAGGAGAGGGAGCGUGUUGCUGCAAGUGGUGGGGAAGUUGGAAGGUUGAGCAUUAUUGGCGGUGCAGAGAUUGGUCCCCUUCGUUGUUGGCCAGGGGGUUUAUGCCUUUCUAGGUCAAUUGGAGACAUGGACGUUGGGGAGUUUAUAGUUCCGAUACCAUAUGUGAAACAAGUCAAGCUAUCAAAUGCUGGUGGGAGGCUUAUAAUUGCUUCUGAUGGCAUCUGGGAUGCUCUAUCCUCAGAAAGUAGACAAGUUGUGAAGGAAGCCUUAAGGUCAAGGGGUCUAAAGGAUGAUACAACCUGCAUUGUGGUUGACAUAAUUCCUCCUGAUCAUUCACUACAGCCUUCAACUCCACCCAAAAAGCAGAACAAGCUGAGGACGCUGUUUUUCAGGAAGAAGUCACGCGAUUCUGCUAAUAAACUAUCCAAGAAGCUAUCAGCUGUGGGUAUUGUGGAGGAAUUAUUCGAAGAAGGUUCUGCCAUGCUUGCUGAAAGGCUGGGCAGUGAUGAGUGCACAGCACAAUCAACAACAUCUGGGCUGUUUAUGUGUGCUGUAUGCCAAGUUGACCUUGCACCGAGUGAGGGCAUAUCUGUUCAUGCUGGCUCUAUCUUCUCCACCAGUUCAAAGCCUUGGCAAGGGCCUUUCCUUUGUUCUGAUUGUUGUAACAAGAAGGACGCCAUGGAAGGAAAACGCCCGAGCGGAGUCAAAGUAGCGUAACUUGUUUGAUAUUGUUUCGCCACCAUUCUUUUAACCCUUCAUUCCCAUUUUUUGUAAUCCAUUUUCGUAGGCCCAACCAAUAUUGUUUGAAUCUUACUUGAAUGACGCAUGAAAUGUAUAUGUAAAUUUGAUAAAUAAUAUGAAAUGAGUUUUGGGAACUGAGCAA